UCCACAGCUGCUCCAGCUGCCUUUCACUCAAAUAUCUGGAAGCCUGCUAGGAGAACGCGGAUCAUGGUUUAUAAUUAACACAAAUAAAAAUAGCAUUUGAAUAAACUAGAUGCAGGGAACAGGGCAAGGAAGCGGUUGUGCAACGGCCAGCCCAGGAAGAAGCACCAGAGGGGGGCUUCAUCCUCUGGAACGGCCGCCAACGGAGCUGCUCCCCACCCCCCACAAAGCAUGUCUUGGGAUUCACUAAACAGAGCUGAACUGCGACGUCCCACAAUACGGACGGCUUCCAGUCUUACUUCCAACAGCUCAAAGAGCUAUGAAACACCAGCCCUCGGGGAGCUCCAGCGGAUGCUAUGGACGCCGGUACCAUGCCGUGGCAACGUCAAUGAAGUUUGGCCUAACCUCUACAUUGGAGAUUUAUACAUCGCCCGGGACUUAGAGCAGCUUCGGCGAAUGGGCAUCACUCACAUCGUGAACGCAGCAGCUGGAAGGUUCCACAUUGACACAGGGGCCAAAUUCUACAAAGACCUCCCAGUGGACUACUAUGGAGUUGAAGCCGACGAUGAUCCAAACUUUGAUCUCAGCAUUUAUUUCCAUCCAGCCGCCAGAUACAUACGAGCGGCACUGAACUCUCCUCGGGGCAAAGUCCUAGUCCACUGCGCCAUGGGGAUAAGCCGCUCGGCGACCCUCGUCCUUGCCUUCUUGAUGAUCUGUGAAAACAAGACCCUAGUGGAUGCCUUGAACACCGUACGGCAACACAGAGGGGUCUGCCCAAACUCUGGCUUUCUGCGCCAACUUCGAGAUCUCGACAUCCGGUUAACAAGUGACAGGGGAAGAGGCGGUCCCCUGAACCUGUAGAAGGAGCAUGUCCCCUCUGCGAUUCAAAGCCGAGAGGAACGUCGGGAAGAUUACAUGCGUGCCUGAACUUGGUGCCAGUAGAACAUAUUGCAGAUUAGUUGUAUAUCACUCUGAUGUCGAAACUCACUCAAGAUUAAAGGAGUGCUGGAAACGGUAUGCAUACUUUUGAUGGAUGCAGAAAUAAAUGGCCAGCAUUGGAGGUGGGGAAGGGGUACCAGGGAACACAGUAGUAAUUCCAAGAGCAAUUUAGGGUCUGCUAGAGUAUAACAAUAGAUGCUAUUUCAACAACAUUAUUCUGUGAAACCAAGUCCUUCUAAGCAGCAUGAACCUUUGCAAGAU